AUGUAUUGUUAUAUUCUGCAGAUUGUGGUUGGUGGAAGGAACAAAUAUCUGAUCAAUGGAAAACUUGCCCAGCCUAGUCAGGUUCAGAAUCUUUUCCAUUCGGUGCAGCUUAAUGUUAACAAUCCGCAUUUUCUUAUAAUGCAAGGGCGUAUUACCAAGGUUUUAAAUAUGAAACCCCCCGAGAUCCUGUCCAUGCUUGAAGAGGCUGCUGGUACAAGAAUGUAUGAGACAAAGAAAGAGUCUGCAUUGAAAACACUUGAGAAGAAGCAGAGUAAGGUUGAUGAGAUCAACAAGCUUCUUGACCAGGAAAUACUGCCUGCUUUGGAGAAGUUGAGGAAAGAACGGACGCAGUAUAUGCAAUGGGCGAAUGGCAAUGCUGAGUUGGAUAGACUUAAAAGGUUUUGCAUUGCUUACGAAUUUGUUCAAGCAGAGAGGAUUAAAGAUAAUGCAGUAUGUGGGGUGGAACAGGUAAAGGCCAGGAUUGCCGAGACUGAUGACAAUAUGGGAACUAUGCGGGCAGAAAUACAGGAGAUGGAGACUGAAGUAUCGAAAUUGUCGGAGAAAGUAGACGCUAUUUCUCAAGAUCUUGUGAGGGAAGUGUCUGCACUGAACAAUAAAGAAGACACUCUCAAAAGUGAAAAAGAAAAUGCUGAAAAGAUUGUUAAUAAUAUUGAAGAUUUGAAGCAUUCUGUGGAAGAGAAGGCCUCUGCUGUUAGAAAGGCUGAAGAAGGGGCAUCUGAUCUGAAAAAGAGGUUUGAGGAACUUACUAAGAGUUUGGAGAAGUAUGAAAAUGAUUACCAGGAUGUAUUAGCUGGCAAGAGCAGUGGAAAUGAGGAGAAAUGCCUUGAAGAUCAACUAGGUGAUGCCAAGGUAGCUGUUGGAAGUGCUGAAACAGAGUUGAAACAGUUGAAAACAAAAAUAAGCCACUGUGAGAAGGAACUGAAAGAGAAAAGACGUCAGUUAAUGUCAAAACGUGAAGAAGCUGUUUCUGUAGAGAAAGAGCUUAAGGCUAGAACAAGUGAUGUUGAAAAUGUUAAGAAGGCAUUAGAGUCUCUUCCAUAUAAAGAGGGACAGAUGGAGGCAUUACAAAAGGAUCGUGCAUCUGAGUUGGAGCUGGUGCAGAAGUUGAAGGGUGAAAUACGUAAUCUGUCAGCACAAUUAGCAAAUGUUGAGUUCACAUAUCGUGACCCUAUGAGGAAUUUUGAUAGGUCAAAGGUAAAAGGUGUGGUGGCAAAGCUUAUCAAAGUAAGGGAUAGCUCCACGAUGACUGCCUUAGAGGUUACUGCUGGUGGAAAGUUGUUUAAUGUUGUUGUAAACACAGAAAAUACUGGGAAACAACUGCUUCAGAAUGGUGAUCUUCGAAGAAGAGUGACAAUUAUACCUUUGAACAAAAUACAAUCCCACCUUGUUCCUCCAAGGGUUCAACAUUCUGCUGUUAGAUUGGUAGGCAAUGAUAAUGCAGAACUGGCUCUUUCCUUGGUUGGUUAUGAAGAGGAGUUGAAGACUGCUGUGGAAUAUGUAUUUAGUUCAACCUUUGUUUGCAAGACCGUUGAUGCUGCAAAGGAGGUUGCUUUUAAUAGGGAAAUUCGCACCCGAAGUGUCACUCUUGAAGGGGAUAUAUUUCAGCCAAGUGGUCUUUUGACUGGUGGAAGCCGCAAGGGUGGUGGUGAUUUGCUAAGGCAACUUCAUCAUUUGGCAGAGGCUGAAUCAAAACUUUAUGCACAUAAGAAAAUGUUGUCUGAAAUUGAAGCAAAGGUAGACCUUGAACAGCCUAUCGUCUUUGUCAGAAUAAAAGUUUCUUGUGAUUAUCAGGGAAAUUUCUUUAUGCAGGUGAAGAAAGGUGGCGUGGUGCUUCCAACAACACCAAUUCCUGGAACUCAUUUUGGAUUAGGUUAUGGUUAUGAUGAAUCCAAAAAGUCAUCAAUUCAAGAAGCGAAGAAACAUGGAAUUGUACCUCCGUCAGGACCAAAUCCAUUCGCCUAUAUACCCGAUAGGCCUGCAGUCCUGGGUAGUCGAACUUGA